AAGGCACCGCGCUGACAUUUAGUCAGAUUCUACCCGCAACACGUUACGCUUGCCUAUAUUUUGUACAGUAACUUCGUUUGUUCAGUUUUUCGAUACUUAAGCUGUGCUCGUUCUUAAUAUAAUUCCCAGCGAUGAUAACUCGAUUCACUCAGUUGUACAUCGGUCUGCUGGUAGCGAUACCGUGUCUAGCUACGAACGGCACAAUGACGAAAAACCUAAAAGUAUUAGUUUCAUCCAACGAUUACCCGCCGACCGCGCUGAAAAUACUUGAAGAUCACUUUACAGUUCUACAGUCAAGGUAUUUAAACUUUGGUCAAGAAGGAAGCACGUUAGGCAGAGAAGAGAUCCUAAAGCUUAUCCCGGGAUGUUCAGCUCUAGUUUGGAUCUCUAAUCUUCCUAUAACGAAUGAAAUCCUUGACGCAGCCGGUGCACAACUGAAGAUCGUGAGCACGGUCUCCGCCGGUUACAACCACUGCAACCCCGAGGAGUUGCGCGCGCGGGGUAUACAGCUGACGAACACCCCGAACGUCCUGUCCCCGGCCGUUGCAGAGGUUGCCGUGGGGCUCAUAUUGUCGGCCUCUAGAAGGUUCACUGAGAAUCUGGAUCAAGUACGCAGGGGAGAAUGGGAGAUCGGCUUCGACAAGGUCCUAGGUCAAGACCUCCGCGACAGCACCGUAGGGAUCAUCGGCUUGGGUGGUAUUGGACAGGCUGUCGUCAAACGUCUUAGUGGUUUUGAUGUCGCCAGGUUUAUUUACUCUGGACACAGGGAAAAACCCGAAGCUAAAGCCCUUAGAGCAGAGUUCGUAAGUCAGGACACGUUGCUGGAGCAAAGUGACUUCAUCGUCGCGGCCGUGCCUCUGACUAAUGAGACCAAGCUGAUGAUCAACAAAGAGACGCUGGGGAAAAUGAAACCGAACGCUGUGUUCGUUAAUGUAGGACGCGGAGACCUCGUUGACCAAGACGCUUUGUAUGACGCAUUGAAGAACAAACAAAUCUACGCGGCUGGACUGGACGUGACUACGCCCGAACCGCUGCCCAAGGACCACAAGCUCUUAACGCUGCCGAACCUAUUUGUACUCCCGCAUAUCGGUAGCGCGACGGUGCGGACCCGCCGAGAGAUGGCAGAGCUGGCAGCCAAUAAUAUUGUCAACGGCCUCACUGGAAAACCUUUGCUGUCACCUGUCAAACUAUAAACUUUACCAUUGUACUCAAUGACUGAUUUAAUUCUAUAGUAUUAAAUCGUUAACAGAACCAUGAAGUCGGAGUCGAAUGUCGAAAUAUAGUUUUUAACAUAAACUUGUUUGUAUCUGGA